AGUAUUGAGAUCUUCCAGUUUCAGGAUGCCCUCCAUGUAUCAGAUCUUACUCUUUGCAACCUGUGUCUUCUUCUACUUCAUACCUGGAGGACUUGGAGCACCACAGACCCCUGCAGCCAACCAUCAGACUGCAACCAAUCUGCAAUGCCGAAUGUGCACAAUCCUUCGCCCAGGAGACCUCUGCUUCCCUUACAUUUCCUGCCCAAUUACUGGAAAACAACAAACCUGCCAUUCUCUCACCGUCUAUUUCAAUGGAGAGCUUCAACAAAAAAUCCUGUCCUGCAAGCUCAGGUCAGCGGCAAAAUGUGGCAGUUUUGAUGAAUUCCCAGAGAAAGGCAUUCGGUUUGAACAUCAGUGCUGUGAAAAUAAAGACUACUGCAAUGAAAAUUUAUAGAGAGCUGAAAUGUCUGAAGAUGCUCCCUCCAGCAACAGAUGUGCAUGCAUUUCCGCUUGUUUUAUUCUGUUUCCUUUGUACUCUCCCAGUUUUCCUAUUUCAAGUUAUAGUUCAGGUUGUGGUUAGACACAUUCACAAACAGGACAGGUCUAUGGAGAUUUUCAAUCAUCCAGGUCAUGGUUGUGCCAAAGAUGCUGUUCAGAAGAGAACUAGAUGUUCUUGAUUUUUUCCUCCCUUGAAAACAUUAUCUUCUUAUCCACAAAGUUUCUUCAAUUUUGGCCAGAUCUGAAGAAGCUUCUUGGAUGAGAAACAAAACAUUUUAAAGGAAAAAACCAAAACAAAUAAAGUCCAUUUGCCUUUUGAACAGCACCUUUGGGACACAACAAAAACAGUUACUCAGAAUCUUGAGAGUUCCUAUCUUUCUUACAUGAUAACAUGAUAAAAAGUGCAAUGUCCUUAUAGUUUUGAUUGUAGAAGGAACUCAUUCAUGUGGGCCAAGAUAAUUAGUACCCAGGGAUGCUUAGGGGAUCUUCCAUUAACAUAUAUCUCUUUGGGUAUAAGAGUUCCAUUUUAGCAUAAAUGUUCACCCUUAAAGCAGCAUCUUUAAAGCUUGGAGCACAAUAGAAAGAGAAAGAUAUCCAGGAGAAUUUCCAGAAGGGAGCAUUUUGAAGAGGCAUUCCCCACCCACCAAAAAGGCUGUAUUUCAUCAUUUCUGAAAGGAAGUCAAUUUUAGUUUUAUUGGGACUUGCACGUAGAAAUGUAAAAGACUUAAAAGGGUCACUGGGAAUAGCUAAAAUCAGCAGGAGUUUUUAGGCAUAGAUUAUGGUUUGUGUUGAAACAACUCCCUCCUUCUAAAAUUAGAGUUUGUCUGCGUCCUAAGAGCCAAGGAUGAUGGGUACAUGGGACAGAAACUGUUGUUGGAAGCUUUUUCCCCAGAGAAAUCUGUCUGAGAGCUACGUGUUUUCAUCACCAUCUGAAUAUUCCCUUAAUCUAUCAGAUUUAUAGACUGUUGCAAAUAAGACCUGAUUUAUUAUAAUGCUGUAUUUUUUCUGAUUGGGAAUAUAGUGACCUAUUUAUGGUGAUUUUUCUUCUUUUCUUCUUUCUUUUGUAAGCCACCUUGGGCACUUUGCAAAAUCAAAAGGAGGAUUAGAAAUAAAUAAAAAAUAAAAAACUUCAC